AUGACCUACCCUCUCUUCUGCAUGGGCAACCCCCUCCUCGACAUCCAGGUCAAGGCCAACGACGAGCUCCUCUCCAGAUACAACUUGAAGUCGAACGAUGCUAUCCUCGCUGACGAGUCCCACAUGUCGUUGUACGAGGAGAUCAUCGGCUUCCCCGAUGUUGUCUACGUUGCCGGAGGUGCUUCCCAGAACACCGCCCGUGGUGCCCAGCGCUUGUUGCCCCCCAAGUCUGUUGUCUACGUCGGAGCCACCGCCGAUGACAAGUUCAGCGCCCAGUUGGUCGCUGCCGCCAAGGCCGACGGUCUCACCACCGAGUACGUCCACAUUCACGGCGGUAUCCCCACUGGCACCUGCGCUGCCUUGAUCUCUGGCCACGACCGCUCCCUCGUCACCAAGCUCUCUGCCGCCGAGAAGCUCACCGUCGACCACAUCAAGACCGACCACACCUGGAACUUGGUCAAGGGCGCCAAGGUCUACUACAUCGAGGGUUACUUCUUGACCGUCACCCCCGAGGGUAUCCUCGAGAUCGCCAAGCAUGCUGCUGCCGAGAACAAGACCUUCACCAUGAACCUCUCUGCUCCCUUCAUCCCCCAGUUCUUCACCAAGGUCUUGGAUGAGGUCAUGCCCUACAUGGAUGUUGUCUUUGGUAACGAGGGUGAGGCCGAAGCCUAUGCCCUUGCCCACAACUUGCCCGACCCCAAGGAUGUCAAGGCUGUUGCCACCUACAUUGCCAAGCUCCCCAAGGCCAACACCCAGCGCGAGCGUCUUGUUGUCUUCACCCAGGGAGUCAACAACACCAUUGUCGCCAAGGCUGAUGGCUCGAUCCAGGAGUACCCCAUUAUUACCAUCCCUGAGAACGAGAUUGUUGACUGCAACGGAGCUGGAGAUGCUUUCUGCGGCGGUUUCGUUGCCAAGCUCGUCCAGGGUGAGGACAUUGCUGCCUCGAUCGCCAAGGGCCACUACCUCGCCCACGCUGUCAUCCAGCAGGUCGGCCCCACCUACCCCGCCCACAUCAAGCAGGAUUAG